CUCCGACCAAACCCAUCAGCUUCUCCCUCUUAAAUACCUCUUCCUUCUUCGAAGAUCUGACCCGUACUGUACUUCCCCUCAAACCCAAACACAAAACCCUUUAAUAUCUUUUUACUGUUCCCCCUCUCUAAAAAUGCGUAUGAGCUGUAAUGGAUGUCGAGUUCUUCGUAAAGGCUGUAGUGAAAACUGUAGCAUAAGGCCUUGUCUUCAAUGGAUCAAAUCCGCUGAAUCUCAAGCCAACGCCACUGUCUUCCUCGCAAAAUUCUACGGCCGUGCUGGUCUCAUGAACCUCCUCAACACCGGUCCUGACCAUCUCCGUCCUGCAAUAUUUAGGUCAUUGUUGUAUGAAGCAUGCGGGAGGAUUGUGAAUCCGAUAUAUGGAUCAGUCGGGUUAUUGUGGUCUGGAAAUUGGCAUCUUUGUCAAGCGGCGGUGGAGGCGGUGAUGAGAGGCUCUCCGGUGACUCCGAUAGCUUUUGACGCGGCUGUUACGGGUCAAGCUCCUCCUUAUAACAACAACAACAAGCUUUGUGACAUAAGACACGUGUCAAGCAAGGAGGAGAGCGUGAAGAGACGGAGCCGUGGUGCAUGCAAGGAAGAGAGAAACGUGAGGUCACAGAGCCACGAGUCAUCGCUUAGUCAUGAGUCGCCAGUGUCGUCUGAAGGUACGACGACGGAGGAACCAAAGACUUGGAUCGGGCUUGAGCUGACUUUGGGGUUAGAGCCUUUGGCACGUGGGAGUCACGUGGUGGUGCCGAUGAAGAAAAGAAAGUUGGAGAGGUGUGGCACGAGUGAGGACGAGGACACGUGUAAGAUUGAGCUCGGACUCGUGUGCAGUGAGUGAAUGGUGCUUUUGCUUCUUCUUCUUUUUUUUUUGGCCUGGUCUUAUUAGUAACAAGUUUUGUUGUUGAGUUUUAGGUGUACAAAUAGAGAUUAACGAAUCUCUCUCUUCUCUUUGUUUUGUGUUUUUUUCUUUUUCUUUGCAUGUUUGUUAGUUCUUCAUAAAUGUGUAGAGGUCUUAACAAAAUUUGCUCUUUUUAGAAAUCUUUGGGAUCAAAUACAAAAGAAAAAUCUAGGUUGCUUGAUGGUGAAUUGUUUUUA